AUGUUUGACAGGAAACUACGCAUCCCAAUCGAAAAAGGAGUCCGUCAAGGGGACACCAUUUCCCCUAAAUUGUUUACGACAGCUCUUAACCAUGUCAUGGUGAGAUUGAACUGGGACAACAAAGGCGUGGCGGUAGACGGAAAGAAAUUGUCAAACCUACGUUUCGCGGAUGACAUAGUCCUUAUAAGCAACAAUAGCAGAGAGAUGAAUUCACUUCUGAACGAACUCUGUGAAGCUGGAAAAGCUAUUGGACUAUCGAUGAACAUGAGAAAAACGCAGACGAUGAGGAAUCAGUGGUGCGACGAUGGUGAAGUAUACCUUGAAGGCGUAGCUGUAGAAAACGUCAAAUCAUAUAUCUAUCUCGGUCGCGAGAUUAACAUGCAAAAUGAUUUGCAAUAUGAAAUUGACCGCCGGAAAAGAGCAGCGUGGGCAGCCAUGGCAAGAAUUCGAGAAGUGACGAACGAGAUUCAAGACCCUCUAGUACGUGCCAAUCUUUUCGAUGCUUCCGUGCUCCCUGCUCUAUGCUACGCCACUGAAACAUGGGCAACGAACAAAGGUGUUGACAAAUCGCUAAGAACCGUUCAUCGGGCUUUGGAAAGAUCGCUGGUGAAAAAGACAAAGCUGAUGCAAUGGCAGCAAAGACUAAGCAGUAACGACAUCCGAAGAGAAUCAAGAAUUCGAGACCCAUCCUUCUAUGUAGCUGCCGCAAGACAUAAAUGGGCAGGACACGUGAUACGUCGCCAGGAUGACAGGUGGACGACCAGAAUUACGUACUGGUAUCCUCGAGAUACCAAACGAACACCUGGGCGUCCCGCUACUCGCUGGUCUGAUAUCUAA